UGCGUCUUCCCCUCUUUCGUCUGGGCCUUGGUAUGCCCCAGGGGACAGAUGUCUUGGGAUCUUUAACAUUUGGGAUGCUGCAAAUGCCAAAGUUAAAUGAAAUACCUCCGGGGAGGGCAGGCCGCGGGGAGGCUCGCGGGGAGGGAAGAUGGCCUGGACAAACAGGUCCUGAAGCUGCGAGGCUGGAGCGGAGGGCGCAGGGGCAGGCGGGCGGCGCCAGAGCUCCAUGGGACAGCUGGGGAAACUCCAGGCUACCUGCACAUCCUGGCCGAGGCUGGUCACGGUAUCCCCCCUCCCUGCUCUGUGCCUUCUCCUUCCAGAAAUCCACCAUGGAGAGUAAGGAUGAGGUCAGUGACACCGACAGCGGCAUCAUCCUGCAGUCUGGCCCUGACAGCCCAGUCUCCCCAAUGAAGGAACUGGCCCACGCAGUGCACAAGCAGCAGAGGGCCCUGGAGGCGAGGCUGGAGGCCUGCCUGGAGGAGCUGAGGAGACUCUGCCUGCGGGAGGCGGAGCUGACGGGCACCUUGCCAGCGGAGUAUCCCCUCAAACCAGGGGAAAAGGCCCCCAAGGUUCGCCGCAGGAUCGGAGCAGCUUACAAACUGGAUGACUGGGCCUUGCACAGAGAGGACCCCCUAAGCAGCCUGGAGCGCCAGCUGGCCCUGCAGCUGCAGAUCACAGAGGCAGCCCGUCGGCUGUGCCUGGAGGAGAAUCUCAGCAGGCAGGCUCGGCGGCAGCGGAAGCACUCCAUGCUGCAGGAGGAGAAGAAGUUGCAGGAGCUCCAGCGCUGCCUGGUCGAGCGGCGGCGCAACAGCGAACCACCUCCGGCUGCUGCUCUCCCCCUGGGCCGAGAGCUCAGUGCCUCUGAUGACAGCUCCCUGUCAGAUGGGCUCCUCCUGGAGGAAGAGGAAUCCCAAGUGCCAAAACCUCCUCCAGAGUCCCCAGCCCCACCUUCUCGGCCUCGCCCACCCCAAACCCUUGAGGGUCUGCAGCCAACAGAACCUGAGCCUGGGGGCCCGGAACGGGCUCCAGUCCAGAACAGCCCCUGGAAGGAGACCAGCCUGGACCACCCCUAUGAGAAGCCCAGGAAAUCUUCUGAGCCCUGGAGCGAAUCCAGCAGCCCAGCCACCACACCACAGGAUGGGCCCAGUGCCUCUAGCCUGUGGCUUCUGGAGCCUGCCUCCUACCACAUGGUUCCCAUCCGUGGUGUUCCUGGCCAGUGGCAGGGCCGCACCAGUGCCCCAGCCACCCCCGAGAUGCAGGGGAGGAGGGGCCAGUCGCAGUCUCUGAGGGUGGAUUCCUUCCGGGCGGGUCCUGAGGGCCGAGGUCGCAGCGCCUUUCCCCGCCGCCGCCCCACUCACUACACGGUGACAGUGCCAGAGUCCUGCUUUCCCGCCACCAAGCCCCCGCUGCCCCACGCCGCCUGCCACUCCUGCUCAGAAGACAGUGGCUCUGACAUCUCCAGCAUCUCCCACCCCACCUCACCGGGGAGCAGCAGCCCCGACAUCUCCUUUCUGCAGCCUCUCUCCCCUCCCAAGACCCAUCGUCACCGCGGGGCCUGGGGCCCAGCCGGCAGCAGAGAGCUGGUCGCCCACCACCCCAAGCUACUGCUGCCACCUGGCUAUUUCCCGGCGGGGCGGUACGUGGUGGUGGCUGAGAGCCCCCUGCCGCCUGGCGAGUGGGAGCUGUGCCGCGCAGCCCCGGGCCCCGCCUACGAGGAGGAGGGCACUCCCUUGCGCUACCAGCGGCUGGUGCCCUCGCGCAGCCGCAUUGUGCGGACGCCCUCCCUGAAGGACAGCCCGGUGGGCCGGGGGCUCAGUAAGGCCGCCGUGUCCGAGGAGCUCAAGUGGUGGCACGAGCGUGCACGCCUCCGGAGCACCCGCCCCCACUCACUGGACCGCCAAGGAGCAUUCCGGGUCAGGAGCCUGCCCCUCGGGAGAGAGGGCUUCGGGCGAGCCCUGGGACCCCGGGCACAGGUGCCCACAGUGUGUGUGCUGCGGAGAUCGCCUGACGGGGCCCCUGUGCAAGUCUUUGUACCUGAGAAAGGAGAGAUCAUCAGCCAGGUGUAACUCUGUACCCCAUGCUGGAAAAGACUGUUUCAUAGAGGGGCUGGGCUGAGACCCCCUACCCCUGAGUGCCUCUUUCAGCUCCCCCAUCCUCAUCGCAGGCCGAUGACCUGGAGCUGAGACCUUUUAUGUUUUUUUUUUACACGACUUUUUUCAGAAGCCCUGACCUAAGGAUUUAUAUAUGUGGAUUGUCCUCAAGACCCCUGUGAUAUGAUUAUGCUUUAUCCCCCAGAGUUUAGCCUACUGGACUUAAGGCCUUGCCUGUCUGACUGACAGCCUCUAUCUCCUUAUGCAAGACAAGUGGCAGGGGACGAGUGAAGCAGAGUGGGCCACCUUGGGAGUUCUCCAAUGCUCUGUGCUCUGGUUCUAAGAACUUCCCUGGGGAACUGCCCCUGGCCCUCCUGUCCCACUAUUGCUGGAGGCUGGACGUGGUACAUACAUGGUACAUGAGAGUCAUGCACAUGACUCUCCCCCAUUUCCCAGGUCUCUGAGUACCCCAGCCUGGGAUGGGGGAGAAUCCUUUCCCCUUUUCUAAUGUGCUCUGUGAUGCACACACCAAGUGGUAGGUCAAAGGUCAGUAUAUCCUGGUGGUGUAUUGUCUUGCUAGACUCUCCUAUUUUCCUGAUCCCAUAAAUCCUCUUUAGGGACCCAGUCACUAUACCCUGUCUAUGCCCUGUGGGCUCCUAGACCUCUGAGCGUGGAGUCAGUGGCAUCAUGGUUUGUAGCCUCAGGGAGUCUGGCGGGGAACUGGUCCAUGCUGGUGGUUAGUGGCCACCUUUUGACAGCCACCUCUGGGCAUCUCAAGGGCUUGCAGCCCCAUUGCUCCUUCUAACAUUGUGUUUGUUUGUUUUUGAGAUGGAGUCUCACUCUGUCACCCAGGCUGAAAUGCAGUGGCAAGAUUUCGGCUCACUGCAACCCCCGUCUCCUGGGUUUGAGCGAGUCUCCUGCCUC